CCAUAACACCUAGUACAGAAACAAUUUUUGCAAUGGGAUUUACAAAAACUCCUUCUAUAAAACCAAACGCAAAACCACCCAAAAUCAGUCACCCAGAACCCACCAAACCAACUCAACCAAGAUGCAAAAGCUCAUUAUCCUUUUCGCUGCAACCUUGGCAUUGGUGUCUGCCGCACCAGGAAAACCUAACGAGAAACCUAACGACAUCAAAUGGGACGUUAGUUCCCCUGGAGUUCUCGAUCUAAAAACCAAAGGCGUCUUUUACGACGACGGCGCUUCGCGCCUCGCUGGAAGCGCGAUGUAUUCCAAGAACUUCGUCGACCGUACCCAGAAAGUGGUGGGAGAUUUACAGUACCAACACCAUCCUUCUAAUUUGGCCGCUGGAUUGAACGUCGAAGAUAGAGGGAGAGCAGGGACCAGGGUCCAAGCGGAACUGUCGAAGACUCUUCUAAAGGACCGCUUCACCAACAUCCAGGGCGGACUGAACUACGGACAAACCUUCAACACACCCAUCGGAAACAGCGAGCCGUUCUUCGGAGGUUUCGUCCGAGGGACAUUUUAGUUGAAAUAUAUAGUUUUGAUAUUUGUACAUAGAAUUGACUAUUUAUCAAUUAUUUAUUAAUGUUUUUUUUAUGUAUGAUAAAUUAGACAGUCGUUAUUUA